UCUUAUUUUACCGUAAGAUUUAAACAAGCUGCCCUGGAAUUCAACAAUCGAGAAACAAGCCAUUUAGUCGCUCUUUUUUUGGCACCUAGCAACGUUAUGGCUAAGCAGAACACCAUGUUUCGCUCAGCGGACAUGAGCAUGGUGCAGCUGUACAUCUCGAACGAAAUAGGGCGAGAGAUUGUUAAUGCCCUGGGAGAAAUUGGCCAGAUUCAGUUCAGAGAUUUGAAUUCUGAAAUUACGGCUUUUCAACGGACCUUUACUCAAGAGAUAAGGAGACUUGAUAAUAUCGAGAGACAGCUUCGCUACUUUUACUCACAACUUUCUCGAGCAGAAAUCCCAAUAAGAAAAAUUGAUCUUGACGUCGACAAUUUUGCUGCCCCAUCAACAUCUGAGAUCGAUGAACUAUCUGAUAGAAGUCAAAACCUUGAAAAGCGUAUCUCUUCCCUCAAUGAUAGCUAUGAGACGUUGAUGAAGCGGGAAACUGAACUCACUGAGUGGCGUUGGGUUUUGAGAGAAGCUGGCGGCUUCUUCGAUAGAGCACACGGAAAUGUCGAUGAAAUUCGGCGAAGCAAUGACAAUGAUGAUGCUCCACUACUUCAAGAUGUUGAACAAAACGUACAAGCCAACGCUGCAGAAGGGGCCCCAGAUCGUAGCUUCUCUGUCAUGAACAUUGGAUUUGUCUCCGGUGUCAUUCCUCGGAAUAGAGUCGCUGCCUUUGAAAGAAUAUUAUGGCGCACCUUGAGAGGAAACUUAUAUAUGAAUCAGUCUGAGAUCCCAGAAACUCUUGUGGAUACAACAAAUAAUGAAGCUAUUAAUAAAAAUGUCUUCGUUAUAUUUGCGCAUGGAAAAGAGGUACUGGCCAAGAUUAGAAAGAUAUCGGAAUCUCUCGGUGCAGGCUUAUAUCAUGUCGACGAAAAUAGUGAUUUAAGACGUGAUCAAAUUCAAGAGGUAAAUGCUCGCAUGGAGGAUCUUGGAAAUGUUCUCAGCAACACCAAGAAAACUUUGGAUGCCGAACUCACUCAAAUUGCUCAAAGUCUUGCCGCCUGGAUGGUUAUAAUCAAGAAAGAAAAGGUCAUCUACCAAACACUUAACAUGUUCUCAUAUGACCAUGCCAGAAAGACUUUGAUUGCUGAAGCAUGGUGCCCAACAAACUCCUUACCACUUAUUCAAUCUACACUACUUGACGUCAACAAUCGAGCUGGGCUCUCAGUGCCAUCUAUUAUUAACGAGAUUCGAACAAAUAAAACACCGCCAACUUAUCAAAAGACGAAUAGGUUUACUGAAGGUUUCCAGACUAUCAUUAACGCCUAUGGAACCGCCAAAUACCAAGAAGUUAAUCCAGGACUUCCAACCAUAGUCACCUUCCCAUUUUUGUUCGCAGUCAUGUUUGGAGACAUGGGACAUGGCUUCUUUAUGUUCUGUGCUGCAGCUGCCAUGAUCUACUGGGAAAAACCCCUUAAAAAGGUACGAGAUGAGAUAUUUUCAAUGGCAUACUACGGAAGGUAUAUAAUGUUAAUGAUGGGACUCUUUUCCAUGUACACCGGGCUAAUCUACAACGAUGUCUUCUCAAAAUCUCUCACACUUUUUCCAAGUGCCUGGGAAUGGAAAAUUCCAGAAGGAUGGCAGGAAGGACAAACGGUUGAAGGACAGCUUAAAGGCAGCUACCGAUACCCCUUUGGCCUUGACUGGAUGUGGCACGGUACAGAAAAUGACCUUUUGUUCGCAAACAGCUAUAAGAUGAAGUUAAGUAUCCUAAUGGGGUGGUGCCACAUGACGUAUUCACUAUGUCUAUCUUAUAUUAAUGCUCGCCACUUUAAAACACCCAUUGACAUCUGGGGCGUCUUUGUUCCCGGAAUGAUCUUUUUUCAGGCCAUAUUCGGGUAUUUAGUUUUCACCAUAAUUUUCAAGUGGUGCAUCGAUUGGUAUGCCAUCGGACAGUCACCUCCUGGACUACUUAAUAUGUUAAUAUACAUGUUUCUGUCCCCUGGCACUAUAGAGGACCCACUCUACGGAGGCCAGGCAGGUGUACAGAUUUUUCUCGUUCUAAUCGCCGUCUUCCAGGUUCCGAUUUUGCUAUUUCUCAAACCAUUUUAUCUUCGUUGGGAACACAACCGUGCUCGAGCUAAAGGUUACAGAGGCAUCGGUGAACGUUCUCGAGUCAGCGCCUUAGAAGGGGAAGAUGAUGAAAGCAACAAUUAUGGUGGUAGAAUAAGCAUGGAAAGCGACGACGAAGAUUCUGGCCUCGUAGCUCGUGAUAAUGAAGACGAUGAACAUGAGGAGUUCGAAUUUGGGGAGGUUAUGAUUCAUCAGGUCAUUCAUACAAUCGAAUUCUGCUUAAAUUGCGUAUCCCACACAGCCUCGUAUCUGCGGCUUUGGGCACUUUCACUUGCUCAUCAACAGCUUUCUGUCGUUCUAUGGAGUAUGACCCUUGCCAUUGGUCUUAGUGGCAAAACUUCUGGAAUCAUCGGAGUCUUUACCCUCGUUGUAACAUUUUUUGCUUGGUUCUUUCUCUCAAUAGCAGUCCUAGUUGUCAUGGAGGGUACGAGUGCUAUGCUGCAUAGUUUGCGUCUUCAUUGGGUAGAAGCUAUGAGUAAACAUCUAAUGGGGGAUGGAAUUCCGUUCGAGCCAUUAUACUUUAAGCAGAUGCUCGAGGAAGACGAAGCAGCUGCUGAAAUCACUUUCAAGAGUACUUUUCUGAGGCCCUACAGUCCUCAACUAUUACAUUGUCUCUUGUAG